AGGCUGUUGGCCUUAAAGAUGAAGCUUUUCCCCAUCAGGUACAUGCUCACAUACUUCCUUAAAUAGCAUCACAGAAACAGGCAAAGGUUCUCUCUUAUGGGGCUGCCAGGCUGGGAGGUUUUUUACCGGUGGAUACUGUUGUGAGACUAAUAGUGGAAGAUGUAAAAAGAAAAGAAAGUCAUGAGGGAAUCACGGCUAUUUCACAAGGUCUGCUCUCAGUGCCUCUUCCUUCAGUGGUGAGAUGGGUGGAAAUCAGAAACAGGGCUUUUUCAGUAAUGGCCCCUUGUUUAUGGAACACCCUUCUCCUUGAGGCCCACCUGGCACCUACGCUGCUCUGCUUUAGGCACCAGGAAGAAGACAAAAUGAUUAAAUAUGAUGAAACAAUGGCUUGGAAGUUCCUUUCUGCUGCCCAGAUUAACAUUCUGCUGGAGCAAGAUAUAGCAGGAGUUCAAAAACAGUUGGAACUGUUUCUGGAUCUGAAACAACACAAGACAUCUUUGAAAGAAGCUGUUGUGUUGGAUUGUUACGUGUCAGGAUUUUGGUGGGCUAAGGAGAUGGACUUCGCAGCUGUGCCGAUUGGGGGAUUCAUGACUCUGUUGAAUUUGCUGUUGGAGAACCUUGACACCCAGCAUAUGACACUGGUGGAGAACAUCCAAGAAUUUAGAAGAACAAUGGCUGGAAUUGGGCAGUGUCGUUCGGAGAAAAGUGGAGGGUUUGAGUUCUUCACUGUAGACCAAGCAAAGGCUAUAAUUGGCUAUCUGGAAAUCAGCUUAUUCCAGCAUUAUGCCCUCUACGAGUAUCUUUUCCACAGUCCCCGGGAAGAGCUUGUGAUAGGAGAUGAGAAUGUCGUAGAACUCGUCAAGCCUGCAGACGCCCCUUUCCCUGCUCCCUUGGAAGAAGGUCUGGCGUGCGACAUUUACGCUGCAUUUAUAGCGUUAAUUCCAGCUGCAGAGGAGGUAGUCGAGGAACCUGAGGGAGGCGUUCAACUGGAAGAACAGCCGGAAGCAGAAUCCCCCGUAGAUCCUCUGGCGGGUUAUUGCAUGGAUGACGUCAAGUCAGUACUGAGCGAGGUGACCUCCGAAAUGAUCAGCCACCUUCAGAUCGAGAUAAACGAAAAGCUACAAAUGCAGGAAGAGGCCUACGCUGCGAGAAUAGAAAGGUUGAAGAAAGCCUGAGAAGACCCCCGCACAAGAAGUGUAUUGGUGUUGUGAAGCCUUCUGCCGGCUGUUUAAAACACACUCAAUCCCUUCAACAGGUUUUAUUUUCCGAAGCGCGGCAAGGUUGGGUCAGUGCGGCUUCCCGGCAGCAAAUAUUGUUCCGAAGCCUCUGUGUAUUUCGUUCAGCCUUUCUGUAUGUAUAAAUGGCGGAAACUUAAUAGCAGUUCUUCGGAAACUUAAUAGCAGAGAAAGAAAAUAACAACUGAACGUA